AACAAAAUACAUUCUUUACUGAAACAUUCUCACACACUCUCAGCUCCAACUGCGACCAACGAUGGCCUCCAUUGCCCUCAAAUCCUUCAUCGGACUCCGCCAAACCACGGCUGAGAAACCCCACCUCAUGACCUCCCAAACCAAACCCAACUCCUUAAAUCCCCGAAAACUCAGAGUCGUGGCUUCGAAAUCCAGUCCAAGACUGACCAACAGGAACCUCCGGGUGGCCGUGAUCGGAGGUGGCCCAGCCGGAGGGGCCGCCGCCGAGACCCUCGCGAAGGGAGGGGUCGAGACCUACCUGAUCGAGCGCAAGCUCGACAACGCCAAGCCCUGUGGCGGGGCUAUCCCGCUGUGCAUGGUGGGCGAGUUCGACCUCCCACUGGACAUCAUAGACCGUCGGGUCACGAGGAUGAAGAUGAUAUCACCGUCGAAUGUGGCCGUGGACAUCGGUCAGACCCUGAAGCCCCACGAGUACAUCGGCAUGGUGCGGCGCGAGGUCCUGGACGCGUACCUUCGGGACCGGGCCAAAGCGAGCGGCGCCGAGGUCAUCAACGGGCUGUUUCUCAAAAUGGACAAACCCAGCGACGGGGUGUCUCCGUACGUGCUGCAUUACACUGGGUACGACGGAAAGCCCGGUUCGGUUGGGGAGAAGCGGACCUUGGAGGUGGACGCGGUGAUUGGUGCCGAUGGGGCUAACUCGCGUGUGGCCAAGGCCAUCGGUGCCGGUGACUAUGACUACGCCAUUGCGUUUCAGGAGAGAAUCAAAAUUCCUGAUGAUAAAAUGGCUUACUACCAGAACCUUGCGGAGAUGUAUGUUGGCGAUGAUGUGUCGCCGGACUUCUACGGUUGGGUUUUCCCCAAGUGUGAUCAUGUGGCUGUCGGCACUGGCACGGUGACUCACAAAGGGGACAUCAAGAAGUUCCAGCUUGCAACGAGGAACAGAGCCAAGGACAAGAUUUUGGGUGGUCAGAUCAUACGAGUUGAGGCACACCCAAUUCCUGAACACCCUCGACCGCGCAGGUUAUCAGGGAGAGUGGCAUUGGUGGGGGAUGCUGCGGGGUACGUGACGAAGUGCUCAGGCGAAGGUAUCUAUUUUGCGGCAAAGAGUGGGAGGAUGUGCGCGGAGGCUGUGGUUGAAGGGUCGGAGAAUGGGAAGCGGAUGGUGGAUGAGGGGGACCUGAGGAAGUACUUGGAGAAGUGGGACAAGACAUACUGGCCAACAUAUAAGGUAUUGGAUGUGUUGCAGAAGGUGUUCUACCGGUCGAAUCCGGCGAGGGAAGCGUUUGUUGAGAUGUGCGGGGAUGAGUAUGUGCAGAAGAUGACCUUUGAUAGCUAUUUGUACAAGACGGUGGUGCCUGGGAAUCCUUGGGAGGAUUUGAAGUUGGCUGUGAACACCAUUGGGAGCUUGGUGAGGGCUAAUGCACUUAGAAGGGAGAUGGACAAGCUUAGCGUAUGAGAGGAAGGAAGAGGCCUUUUGUUUUGUGUAAUGUUUAGCUUUCAUUCUUUUUACUUCUGUAUGAUCUUUGUGCGCCGGAGAUUAAUCUGCAUUCAUGUUUUACUAA